AAAGUCCAAACAAUUUCUCACGCGAGUAUGUUCCCACCAAGCAGUCAUCUACCCACAUGGCCUGAAAAGCUCUAAGUUUUUAGGUAAUCGAGUAGAACACCACCUCUUGCCUUUGAUUCUUCACCUCUUUUCCAAACUCAAAACUCAUAAGCAACAAGAUUCGAGGGAUUUCUUAACAAAUUUGCAGAUGGUGGAGUUGGUUUUAGAGGAGAAAGAUGCAGGCAAUUGGAUUUACAGAGGAGAAGGAGGCCUUAAUAUUGUUCUUGCGUACAAAGGAUCCUCUCCCAAUUUUAUUGGCAAAGUGUUAAGGGUGCGAAAGGUUAAGAGGAAUGGAUCCGAAUUUGAGAAAGCUCCUUCAGCUUUAUCCACACAUGAAUGUCUUGUAUGGGAAAGAGUGGGAGACCUUUUAUCUGCUUCAACAAAGGAUAUUGUAAAUCAUAUGUAUGCUAAGCAUGUAAUGUCUCCAUUAUUAGGUUCUCAACACGUUGAUCCCGGGGUUCGUGUUCAGGUGACAAAGGAAUUUCUUGAGUGUGUACAUAAAGGUGUUUUAUUUAAACGCCCUUCUUGGAGAGUUGACAAUGCUAGGGUUAAUACUCUACAUGAUUCUGCACUUCUCAUGUCUGAUCAUUCAAUUUUUCCUCAUGCUGUUCAUGGAGAAGAAUUCUGCAUAUCUGUUGAGAUAAAGCCAAAAUGUGGAUUUCUUCCAAUUUCAAGAUUUAUUAGAGAUGUAAACUUAGCUAAGAAAAGGAUAUCUCGCUUUAAGCUGCAUCAGAUCCUUAAAUUCCAUCAAGGAAAGAUAUCUCAAAUCAGCGAAUACGACCCUUUGGAUUUAUUCUCCGGAUCAAAACCCCGAGUUCUAAAAUCCAUCAAAAACCUCUUCCUUACCCCUCAAAACAAUUUCCGAGUAUUCAUCAAUGGUUCCCUAAUCUUCGGAAGCUCAGGUGGAGAAGCCGAAGACACCGAUAUUCAAAUCGCUCAAUCCUUCGAAGAAACCCUAAAACCCAUCAUUCAAUCAGACGAUGGCAUGCGAACUUCAACCUUUUUGCAACUCGUUGGAGAAGCGGUUUUUAAAUCGGGAAUCAUGAAUCGACUUGUUGAUGUUCAAAAACUGGAUGCGUUUGAUAUUGAAGGUGCGAUUCAUGCUUACUAUGAUGUAAUGGGUCAACCAUGUGUGGUGUGUAGGGAAUUGGGAGAAGGGAAUGUUUUGAGUAAUCAAAGUAAAUAUGAUGCUUUGCAUUCGAUUUCGUUUGAAGAAAGUUUGAAGAUUGUGAGAGAUUUUCUUGUGGCGUCGACUGCUAAAGAUUUGAGUUUGAUGAUUGGGUUUCGGGGAAGAGGAAAGGGAAAUACGGUGUCUAAUUAUGAUGUUGUUUCCAUUGAUUCGAGUAACCAAAGUUUUGACUACAAAGCGUCUUUUAUUGAUUUGGAUAUGAAGCCUCUUGAGAAAAUGGCGUACUACUAUAAGUUGGAUCAAGAGAUAAUAAGUUGUUAUACGAGAAUGAUGGAGACAGUGAAUCACCCUGAAAAGUCUUUGGUAGAAACUCCAUAUCAAGAUCAUCUAUCGACUGCCAUUGAAGACACAUCAUGAACUUGAGAGAUCUCUAGUCAUAAUUAGCUAGUAAUUGUUCUUUGUUUAUGUAAAACCCACAAAGAGGCCGUUUUAAUAAGAAAACACAAGGCCUGAAACUGUAAGAUUUAGGCAUCAGAACACCGACAAUAACUCUCUAAAGCUAAAUAAAUUGUAUGUGCUCUGGUUUUGUUGAAUCUAA